AUGAAUUUAACCUUUGCACUGUUUUCCAUAAUGGCGGUCAUCUGGUUAUUUUGCGGAAAAUGUGGUGCAGCUCCUGAACUCGUCAGUAAUAUUUACCGCAAAUUUCGAAGCCGUCCAUUAUUGCGGAGGAACACCGUAGAAAAUCCUUUUGGCGAAGACGAAGAUUUCUUUAAUUUAAACAAACGUCAACACUUCGACGAUUAUGGACACAUGAGAUUCGGAAAACGGGAACAAUUCGACGAUUAUGGUCAUAUGCGAUUCGGCAGGCGUCACGAGUGA